AGCAGUAGCUUCUCUUCUAGGGUAUUUCAAUAAAGGGUUUGGCUUUGGUUUUUAGCUGCCAUGGAGGAUAUAGGUCUUUUCAAGCAAGGAUGGAAAUGGUUUCAGUCGCAGAAACACACUUACUCGCGUGCUCGAACUGCGUUUUUUAGUUUCAGAGACAAAGUUGGGAUGUUUAUUGAGAGACAUUGGCCAACAGUGUGCCGUGGCUGUGCCUGGAUGGGGAGUUUACUACGUUUAGUAGUGCUUCAAUGGUGGGACUGCAUUAUAAAAGGCUUCAGAUCGCUUAUUGGAUUAGGCUCUGCUGCAUUGCUUCUUAUAAUGUGGAGUUGCUUUCUUAGUUUAACCUCCAUGUCCUGCCUGGUUUACGUUCUUCUUAGUAUGGGAGCUGCAGGAGUUGCUGUUCAAUAUCUCGGUUACACUCCUGGACUUUUUAUUGUGGGGCUCUUUGCUAUUCUAGUCUUGUGGAUGUAUGCUAACUUUUGGAUUACAGGGACGUUGUUUAUAGUUGGAGGUUAUUUGUUCUCUCUUAAUCAUGCACGGUUGGUGGUCUUGAUGGCAACUGUAUAUGCUAUAUAUUGUGUUAAAGUUCGUGUUGGAUGGCCGGGUGUCUUUCUCUCAAUAAAUCUUGCAUUUCUAUCCAAUGAUGCAUUAAAUUAUUUGCUCCAAUGGUGUGAUAAGGCGAGGGAAAGCUCAUAUUUUGAAGAGCAGAAACAAUUUGAAACAGUUUCGGGAGAUGAAUUCUCAGGAGAGUGUGAAUACUCUAUUCCUACUAGUGAGUCCGAGAAGGUUCAUCCAUGUAAGUCAGCCAGCCCAACUGUUGUGACAUCUGUUGUUGAUAACCAAAAAGAGGCUUCUUGUAGCAAGGUGACCAAAGAUCAGACUGAUUCAAUUGAUGAGAUGAAAAGGAUCUUAAAUAAUUAA